UUAGUUGUUAUACUAUACUCCACCAUACCACCAUACCAUACCUCUGUACACGUGCUUUAUAAGACAUUUUCUCCCUUCUCUCCCACAGAAGAUCACCACAACCCGGCAGCAGCCAAAGUCAUCGGCAAAUCCUGUGAAUACAACGGCACCACGUACCAGCACGGGGAGAUGUUUGUGGCAGAAGGACUAUUCAUGUCGCGGCAUCCCAACCAGUGCGCGCAGUGCAGCUGCUCGGAAGGGAACGUCUACUGUGGGCUGCGGACCUGCCCAAAGCUGACCUGUCCAUCUCCAAUCUCCACGCCUGACUCCUGUUGUCAGGUUUGCCGAGGGGAAGGAGACUCCUCCUGGGAUACAACAGAUGCUGGAAUCUUCCGCCCACCAUCCAACAGAGAAGCGAGACACUCGUAUCCACGGAGCCAGUAUGAAUCUCGGGGAAACUUUGGAAGUUCUUUUGCCAACUUUCCCAGAAUGUCCAACUCAAGGACGCACCGUGGGUUGUUAACUGACCCCCAGCAAGGAUCGGGCACCAUUGUGCAAAUAAUCAUCAGCAACAAGUUUCGGCACAACAGAGUGUGCGUGUCGAAUGGAAAGACCUACUCGCACGGAGAGUCCUGGCAUCCAAUUCUUCGCCCGUUUGGACCAGUGGAGUGCGUGCUGUGCACCUGUAACGUCACGAAACAGGAGUGUAAGAAGAUCCAUUGUCCAGAGUCAUAUCCCUGUAAACACCCACAGAAAACCACUGGCAAAUGCUGCAAAGUUUGUCCAGUCCCGGAGGCGUUAGUGUUUUCCCAAGAUGACAGUAAGGAGGCGGGCUGCAGUGAGGAGAACGUUCUCGUUUACGAGUCGCUCUUCACACAGGAGACUGAUCCGCGAAAGUACAGCAAGAAGAUCGCGAUAAUGUCCGACAUUCUGCCGGACGUAGAGAUCCAUGAGUGGACUCCGAUAAAUGGGAUUGUACAUCACAUAACCAUGGAGAAAAUAUCACGGAGAGAUUUUGAGAAACAGAUCAAUCUUCGGUCUUUCAAGUUCUUCACAAGGACCACUCAGAGUCGAUGGAAAAUCUUCAAGGAGGGGGAAGAGCAAAUCAGCGACCGAUGUAUGAACCAAGGGUGUAAAACAGAGUUGGAGGAUUUGCUGAAGGUUUUACAGUUGAACAAGUCGGAGAAGGGGCAGUGCUGAAGUAGGGAGGACUGGGAGCAGAGGACGUUGAGGAUCGGCAAUGUGAGAAUGUGACUCUGCCCCCCUGAGAAUCAAGCCUGUAGCUGGACUGCAGUAUGGCUCUGUUCAAAGCCUGAACAGCACCCUGAAAAAAA